ACUAAAUAAAACGUGAAAACAAAUGAAAUUGAAGUACUUAUCUAGGCGAGUUUUGUUUUGUACUCCAAAGAACUAGUUACUUUUAACUACCAAUGAUGCAGCCCUGCGCACAUUUAUUUGUAAUUAUUUAAUCUAAGUAUGCGACUUGUACAACAACGAAAAUGUAUUGUAAGUUAGAUACAGAUCCGCUCACUGCCGAGGAGGAUUCACCACAUUUUUCCAAAGACGUAAACAACUGUAAACAUGAAGCGCUAGAAGCGGAACACGAAGCUCCAAGUUCGAACGAAUCGAAAAAUGAAAAGGUUGUACCUGAAUUCUAUAACAAAGCACAAAAAUAUUGGUCCGCAGUUCCAGCAACAGUAAACGGCAUGCUGGGUGGUCUGGGCUACAUCAGCGCAAUCGAUAUACAAGGGUCAAGGAUAUUUUUACGCGAACUUAAGGUACCAGGGAAAAAAUUAGCUCUGGACUGCGGUGCUGGAAUUGGACGAGUGUCUCGAAAUCUUUUAAUACCGAUUUUUGAAACAGUUGAUCUGGUUGAACAAGAUGCCGCAUUUGCUGAGAAGGCACGAGAGAUAUGCACAUCAGAGUCCGUAUGUCGCAAUAGCUUGGGUGAAGUAUACAAUAUGGGGCUUCAGGAGUUCUCACCCACGCAUAAAUAUGACCUGAUCUGGAGCCAAUGGGUUUUAGGACAUCUGACGGAUCCGGACCUUGUGGCAUUUUUUCGUCGCAUGCGUCUCAGUUUGCAGCCAGGUGCUUACUUGUGCAUUAAGGAAAAUGUCAGCACCUCGAAGGAGGUGAUUAAAGAUGACGAGGAUUCAUCGAUUACGCGCCCGCUAGAAUCAUAUGAGCGUAUUUUAAGGGAAGCUGGCUUUCGAAUUGUAAGAAAAGUGCGUCAACAAAAUUUCCCCAAAGGACUUUUUCCAGUCUAUAUGAUCGCCUGCAAAUCACAGCCCCUUGGCGGCAAUUAGGACUAUUAACACUAGCAUUAACUAAGUAUUUAUGACAAAUAAUAUAAAAUCUGAUAUCUAGAUAGUGGCUUCGUAUACUACAAAUAUACAGUUUUCUGCAUGUAGAUUAGACAGAAUAAUGUUAGGUAUAUCAAUAUUUUCGAAUUGGUAUUUUUUAAUGUUGGGGUCCAUUCAAAAAUAUUUGUUUCAAUAAAAACAAACUUACAAAGCAAAAUA